UCCGGACCUGGAGCACUAUUUAAAGAGCUGUCGCCGAGCUCCCCCAGCCCUGCUGCAGCUCGAGGGAGCCAUCCAGACCAUGGCACCCAGAAGAGCCCAGAAAAGAGCAGAGGGUGGAGCCAGCUCCAACGUCUUCUCCAUGUUCGAUCAGUCCCAGAUCCAGGAGUUUAAAGAGGCUUUCACCAUCAUGGACCAGAACCGGGAUGGCUUCAUCGACAAGGAGGACCUGAGGGACACCUUUGCUGCCCUGGGUCGCAUCAAUGUAAAGAACGAGGAGCUGGAGGCCAUGGUGAAGGAAGCCCCUGCGCCCAUCAACUUCACCGUCUUCCUGACCAUGUUUGGGGAGAAGCUGAAAGGUACGGACCCGGAGGAGACCAUUCUCCACGCCUUCAAGGUUUUCGACACUGAAGGGAAAGGUUUCGUCAAGGCUGAUUUCAUCAAAGAGAAGCUCAUGACGCAGGCAGACCGCUUCAGUGAGGAGGAGAUCAAGCAGAUGUUUGCUGCUUUCCCGCCAGAUGUGUGUGGCAAUCUGGACUAUAGGAACCUGUGUUACGUCAUCACGCAUGGCGAAGAGAAGGACUAAAAGGGGACCACCGACGCCCACCCCCACUCCAUACACACAUUCAGAGGCAGCAAACACAGGGCCGGGGGUGGGGGA